AUUUUUGUUAUCACCGGGUGACUCCCAGGCGAGUUGAGGCUGAUGUAUCUGUGCUUCGCGCUCCUGUAGUCUCUCGGGGUCACUGAGGUUGUUGAACAUGGCUGCAGCUCUCGCCAGACACAAGCAUUUCACUGAAGACUACCGCAGUACACAUUCAAAAUAUGUAGUCCAGGAUUACUCCAGCUCUGAAGUUGAAGAAGUAAGAUAUGAAUACAAAACAGAGAAGAAUAUCAAGAGAGUGGUGGAGAAGAAGGUUCCAGAAAAGUAUGUCCGUGAGUCAUCCAUGAUAAGGGGCCCCAAGUUCCUGGUCAGGCUGAGGUCGCACACUGUGUUUGAGAACACUCCUGUGAAGCUGUUUUGCACUGUAGAGGGCUACCCCACCCCGCAAGUGAGCUGGUUCAAGGAUGAUGUUCUCCUGGACAUUUCUUCUGGGAAAUACUUUGUGGAAGGCAGUGUUGGAAUUCACAGCCUUACCAUUUUAAAGUGUGGGAUUGAUGACACUGCCCAGUACACAGCUGUAGCCUCUAACUCUCAUGGUCAGGCCUCCUCUCAGGCUGCUGUGAUUGUCAAGAGGGCCAAAGAGGAAGAGAAACCCUCUCCAUAUUCUUGGAUGUCCUAUCAGUAUGCCAUCUUGCCUGAGAUUAAAUACACCAAAAUCAAUAUCACAUUUCUGGAGACAUUUGAUGUGACAUUUGGUAAAGAGGGUGACUGUGUCACUCUGGCCUGCAAGAUGACCAUAAGCCCCAAUCUGGCCAAUCUGCAGCCUGAAGCCCAGUGGUACAGAGAUGAGCACCUUUUGAAAGAAUCUAAGUGGGUAAAAAUGGAGUCCGGGGGAGGUGUUGCCAAACUCACACUGACUCACCUCGCCAAGGAUGAUGAGGGCCUUUAUACGCUCCGCAUGGUGACCAAGGGAGGGGAUGCAGUCCACAAGGCCUAUGUCUUUGUGGAGGAUGGCCCCCCUCCAGUUCCUUUGGCCCCUGGAGCCCCCAUGGACAUUAAGAUCCAUGAUGCUAAUAGAGAUUAUGUCAUAGUGUCUUGGAAGCCUCCCAACACCACUACAGAGGGCCCCAUCAUUGGAUACUUUGUUGACCGCUGCGAGGUUGGGAUGGAGAACUGGAUGCAGUGUAACGACUCGCCCAUUAAGAUCUGCAAGUACCCCGUGUCCGGCCUGUUCGAGGGCCACUCCUACUGCUUCCGUGUGCGUGCUGUCAACUCGCAUGGCAUCAGCAGGCCAUCCAGGAUGUCCAACCCAGUCGCCGCUCUGGACCCCACCGAGUUCGGGAGACUUCAAGCCACAAAGCUUGGUGGAAAACUCGAUGUUGUGACCAUUCACGACGACCUUGAAGCUGAGGGAAAAGCUCCAGGAGCUCCCUCCAAAGUCUACGCCUCUGAGACCGACAGAACAUAUGUUGUGCUCAGCUGGACCCCCCCAGUCUACCACGGCAAGGCCCCCUUGUGGUACUACAUUGAGAAGUCGCUGGUUGGCAGUGGAUCCUGGCAGAGGGUUAACACCCAGGUUCCUGUGCGCUCGCCACGCUACGCCGUAUUUGACCUGGCUGAGGGGAAGGAGUACCUUUUCCGAGUGCUCGCAGCCAAUAUGCACGGCAUUAGCAACCCAUCGGAGCCCACCAGACCAAUCCGGACACAGGUGUUGCGGGGUGUGCCCUCGGCUCCUGGUCAGGUGGUCUCCACAAGAGAAACUGACACUUCCGUACUGAUCCAGUGGGCCCCUCCAAAGGAGCCUAACAACCUCAUUGGAUAUUACAUUGACUCAUGUGUUAAAGGAUCGAAGAACUGGACCUCUGCUAACCACAAGCCUCUCAAGGACACAAGGUUUGUUGUCCAUGGCCUGACGACGGGCGAGAUGUACAUGUUCCGCGUGCAGGCCAUCAAUGAGCUGGGACUCAGCGACGAGUCACAGGAAUCUGCCCCACUCUCUGUGCGGGCCGCCCUUAAGCUCCCUUCAUCCCCCUAUGGUGUGGCCCUCCUCCACUGUGAUGGUGAGUCCAUGGUGCUCAACUGGAAGCGUCCCCUCUGCUCUGGUGGCACCCCGGUGACCGACUACUACAUCGACAAGUACAAUGUGGCCAAAAGAGAAUGGAGAGAGGUUAAUGUGCCACCCCUUAAGGAGAGGCUGUACAAGGUUCCCAAACUGACUCUUGGCACAGUGUAUCAGUUCAGGGUUUAUGCUGCCAAUUUCAUCGGGUUGGGAGAGCCCUCUUCCCCCAGCGCACCUUUCAGAUGUGAGGCCUGGACCAUGCCAGAGCCAGGGCCAGCGUAUGACCUAAGCAUCACUGAGAUAAGAGAUGACUCCGGGGUGGUGGAGUGGAAGGCUCCUGUCUACAAUGGUGCCAGCGCUGUUACCGGUUACUAUGUGGACAUUUGCAAGGAAGGCACAGACACCUGGACGGUUGCCAAUGCGGCCGCUGUCAACCAUUGCUACCUCAAGGUGAAAGGCUUGGAGACCGGCUCAUCUUAUGUGUUCAGGGUGCGUGCAGAGAACGCCAGUGGCACUGGCAAGACUUCCGUCCCCUCUGACCCGGUCUAUGCCAAGGCUCUAUCAGGCACCAAGGAAAUCAAAUGUGGAGUGGAUGAGAAGACGGGUGACGUUUACCUCUGUUUUGAGAGCUGCCAGAUAACUGAGAAAUCGCAGUUUGUGUGGAAGAAGUCCUACCAAGAAAUAACGGACUUCUCCAAAGGAAUCUCCAUUAAAACAUCAGGCAACCAAUCAACUCUGUCCUUCAAGAACCCUGAUAAAGAGGAUGUGGGCACUUUUUCAGUCUCCGUCACAAACACUGAUGGAGCUUCAGCCAGUUACAAGAUCACAGCAGAAGAGCUUGAGAAAAUGAUGGCCCUCAGCUAUGACAUCCGUAAUCCGAUUAUCCCUCUGAAGAGCGAGCUGGCGUACAAGAUCAUGGAGAGAGGUCGCGUGUGUUUCUGGCUGCAAGCUGAGGGCAUCUCCUCUGCUGUGACCUACAAAUUCUUUGCCAAUAACAAGGAGCUUGUCAACAGUGAGCAAACCAAGAUGAGACAUGAUGUAGCCACGGGCAUUAUUGAGCUGGUGCUGGAUCACUUCACUGAGGACAACGAGGGCACGUUUUCCGUGCAGAUCCAGGAUGGGAGGGCAAAGGCCCAGUCCUCCCUGGUGCUAAUUGGGAAUGCCUUCAAAGCAGCCCUGGCUGAGGCUGAUUAUCAGAGGAGGGAGUACAUCCGCGUGAAAGAGGGGCCUCAUUUUAGCCAGUUCUUGUCUGUCCACAUCAGCGAGGACGCCAGCAUCAGCCUCAUCUGCAAGGUGGCCAAUUUGAAGAAGGAAUCUGCGUUCCACUGGUUUAAGGACGACGUGGAAGUGAUUCCCGAUGUGCCAGCCGACCUGAGCUCCGGAGUGUGCAGACUCCCGCUGCCUUUGUUCUCAAAGAAGGACAUGGGCAUGCAUAAAGCAACCAUCAGCGACGACCGAGGAAAAGAUGAGUCACAGGUUGAUAUUUCUGGCAAAGCCUUUGACAACAUUGUUAACGAGCUCGCCCGAAUCGCUGGUUCCAGUGCUGGCGAUUUGGUGAUCCAGUGCACUGCCGAGGGGAUAAUGCUGCAGUGCCAUAUGAAAUAUUACACAGAGGAGAUGAAGAUCAUCUGGAUGCUAAAGGACAGUAAAAUUAGUUCAUCUGAAAGGAUGCGUGUGGGUGGGACCCCAGCCAUGGCCAGUCUGGAGAUAGUUGAGCCUACUGAGCGAGAUAAAGGCGUGUACACCUUUCAGAUCACGGACGCUGAGAAGACAUACACCCGCACCCUUGAACUCUCUGGCCAAGUCUAUGAUAAUGCAUAUGUGGAGUUCCAGAGACUCAAAGCGGAAGCAUAUGCCGAAAAGAAUCGUGGCAAAGUGCUUGGUGGUCUGCCCGAUGUCGUCAGUAUCAUGGAAAAGAAGACGCUGAGCCUGACCUGCACAGUGUGCGGUGACCCUAAACCACAGGUUACCUGGUUCAAGAAUGACCAGGAGGUGGAGCCUGGUGACCAGUACGUGAUCUUACUGGACUCGGGAAAAUUUGCCAGCGUCACCAUCAAGGGCGUGACCCUGGAGGACUCGGGCAAGUUCACGAUGUGUGUGCAGAACAAGUAUGGUGGUGAGUCAGUGGACAUCAUCGUCAGCGUGUUCAAGCAUGGCGAUAAAAUCCCAGACAUCAAGCCCAUGGCCGCACCCAAAAGGAUCUUGCCUCCAACUCAUCCUAUUGUAAUUCCUAUUAGCUCCUCCCCUGCCCCUGCCCCUUCUAAGUCUUCAGCCCCGCCUCAGAGCACCAAAUCCCCAUCCUCAAGCCGCUUUGGGGCUAGGAGGAAGUAAACAGGCCUUCCCAGUGCUGUUUAAUUCCAGACAAAAAGAAGCAGGAGGAAAAAAAGAUUAAACUGUAGAAUGAAAUCAAAAUAAUGAAAGUUGUAUUGAGUUGGUAUUCGGAGUAUUUUAAGAUGAUCUAGUGUCUUGAACGAAAAUAAAAGGUGGAACGUCAAAGAGAGGGGUCAAGUUAUAUUUAGUGCCUUCCUCACCACACACACACACA